CGUAAUGGCGGAGGAUCUGCUCCCCGGCGAGGCCGCUGCUGAUAUAAACACAGCUGGGGGCUCCGCGACCACCGCUAUGGCUUAUUUACAGGACGAGAAGCCCGACGCUGACAUCGUCCCUGCGCUGAAUCUGGGGGAUCUGGACAUAACCACCGACGAGUUCAUACUGGACGAGGUGGACAUCCACAUUCAGGCCAACCUGGAGGAUGAGCUGGUCAAGGAGGCUCUUAAAACGGGUGUUGAUCUGCGACAGUACUCAAAGCAAGUGGAGGCGGAGCUUCAGCGUAUUGAACAGGCGUCAAUCAAAGACUAUAUCAAAGAGAGCCAGAACAUCGCAUCACUGCACAACCAGAUCACCGCCUGUGAUUCGAUACUGGAGCGUAUGGAGGAGAUGCUGAGCAGUUUCCAGAGUGACCUGUCCUCCAUCAGCAGCGAGAUCCAGACUCUGCAGCAGCAGUCCGUCAGUAUGAGCGUCCGGCUGAAGAACAGACAGGCCGUGCGCAGCCAGCUCAGUCAGCUGGUGGACGAGCUGGUGGUGCCCAGCACCAUGAUCUCGGUAAUUCUGGACAGUCCGGUGACGGAGCAGGAGUUUCUGGAGCAGCUGCAUGAGCUCAAUAAUAAGAUCAACUUCGCUAAAGAGCUGAGCUUCAGAGAGACUUUGGCCUGCUCAGACAUCCAGGACAUCGUGGAUCGCCUCAAAAUAAAGGCGGUCAGUAAGAUCCGUGAGUUUAUCCUGCAGAAGAUCUAUUCCUUCAGGAAGCCCAUGACCAACUACCAAAUCCCCCAGAACACACUCCUCAAGUACAGGUUCUUCUACCAGUUCCUGUUGGCCAAUGAAAGGACGGUAGCUAAAGAAAUCAGGGACGAGUACGUGGACACCAUGAGUAAGAUCUACUACAGCUACUUCAAGUCCUACAGCAGCCGACUGCUCAAAGUGCAGUAUGAAGAUGUAGCCGACAAAGAUGAUCUGAUGGGAGUUGAAGACACAGCCAAGAAAGGUUUCUUCUCUAAGCCCUCUCUGAAGAGCAGGAACACUAUUUUCACUCUGGGCCAGCGGGGGGCGGUGCUGAGCCCGGCCGAGCUGGAGGGACCCAUCCUCAUCCCACACGCUGCUCAGAGAGGAGACUGCAGGUAUCCCUAUGAGACUCUCUUCCGAAGUCAGCAUUACGCUCUGUUGGAUAACGGUUGCCGUGAAUACCUCUUCCUGUCUGACUUCUUCAUGGUGGCCGGGAAUUCAGCACUGGAUCUGUUCAACAGUGUGAUGGGCAAAACGCUCAGCAUGUUCUUGAAGAACAUGUCGACCUAUGUGUCUGACUGCUAUGACAGUAUCGCUAUUUUUCUCUGUAUCCACAUCAUCCUUCGCUUCAAAGCCAUCACAGCCAAGAGGAACAUCCCCGCUCUCGACAAGUAUUGGGAGGCCGUGCUGGAGAUGCUGUGGCCGAGGUUUGAGCUCAUCCUGGAGAUGAACAUCCAGAGCAUCCGCAACACUGACCCUCAGAAACUGGGAGUGCUGGACACCAGACCACAUUACAUCACACGGCGUUACGCUGAAUUCUCCUCUGCUAUAGUCAGUAUAAACCAAACCUUCCCCAACGAGAGAACCAACGCACUGCUGGGACAACUACAGAUUGAGGUAGAGAACUUUGUGCUGAAGAUGGCUGCUGAGUUUCCCUCUAGAAAAGACCAGCUCAUCUUCCUCAUCAACAACUACGACAUGAUGCUGGGUGUGCUGAUGGAGAGAGCAGCUGAUGACAGUAAAGAGGUGGAAGGAUUUCAGCAGCUCCUUCGGGCCAGAACACAGGAGUUCAUUGAGGAAAUCCUGGCGCCCCCGUUUGGAGGGAUGAUCACAUUUGUGAAGGAGAGCGAGGCUCUGAUGGAGAAGGGUCAGCUGGACAAACUUAAGAACGAUGAGGUCCGGAUCACUCAGCUGGUGAGGGGAUUCUCCAGCACCUGGAAGCAGUCAGUGGAGGCUCUGAGUCAGGAUGUCAUGCGCUCUUUCACCAACUUUAAAAACGGCACUAGCAUCAUACAGGGGGCGCUGACCCAGCUAAUCCAGUACUACCACGGUUUCCAUAAGGUCCUCUCUCAGCCCACGUUCCGCAGCCUGGCUGUCCGCUCUGAACUCAUCAACCUGCACCACCUCAUGGUGGAGGUGAAGAAACACAAGCCCAACUUCUAACUAACCUUUAAAUCAAGACCUGUGGAAGUGAAGAGCAGUUAAAGAGCAUUCUGGGAAAAAGGAGAUCAAGACAAAAUCCGAGGAAAAGAAUACUGUAAGAAUCUCCGGGAAUGGCUGAACGGCUCUGUGUGCAGUUUUUGCAGUGACGUCCAUGUCGUUUUCAUUCUGCUCUCCGAGGAACGUUCGAAUACCACCAUGGCCCUGUGGAGGAGAACGUUGACCAUAAACUCUGCUUAUUAAUGUUACACAAACGGUAAAAUUGAGACGGGACCAAGGUGUGAAUAUUUAACUCAUUGUUGCUUUUGGUGUUUGGCUUACAAUGUCUGUCUGCUGCCUUGGUGGAAAACCAAGAAUUCCUUUGAAAUGAAUCAUGUACAGGCAUCCAGUGAUUGCGUGAGUUGAGAGGAAAACAGAUCUCAGUGGUUUACCGCUGAUGGAUUGGCUCAUCUGUUCUGAAUGAAGCAUGUGGUCCCGGUGUGUCCCAACAACAACCUGGCUGUCCCGGGCCCUCAGCUGAAGGAUCUUUAGAAAAUGCUGUUUGCAAUAGCUCAUCACAGUGUGGUUGCAAAUGCAUCUAGCACUUUGGGUGGUAGGGUGGUGGGGGCGCAAUGAGGGAGUAUAGGGGUCUGAAAAUAAAUAUUACAGCAUAUUAAGAUGUUCAUGCCCACAAAUACGUUAGUUUGUAGCUGCUGGUGUGUAGGUUGAACAGGCUUUACAGACUGUUGGGGAAAAGUCCUUUUAAACCUAAUGAGAAAUUAGAUUUGAUCAGAAUACAUAAUUUCACAUUGGACUGCUACCUAAAGUUGAGUUAUAGCUGAUUGAUAUUAGCCAGAUUAAUAGCAAUGAACAGAACAGAAUUAGCCACCAUGCUAGCAUUACCUACACCUGAGUACCUACACCUGAUUGGUCCUAGUAUUGAGACCUGUACACAUGCACAGUAUAGUUUGAAAUUAAUAACACAUUAAAUUUAGGUAUUUGAACAAAGUCUGUGCUUCAGUUUCUCAUUAGUUUGAAUAGGAUUUUCAGCAGUGCUCCGUAAAGCUUGUCCAGCCUCGCAAGAGUAGCUACGAAAGGACAUGUAAGUGCAUCUUGAGACGUCUGCUGUGCACCUGUUACUGUGGAAUCAGCCAUUAUUAAAUAACUGAAGUGAUCUAAUGAA